GCACUGUUACUCAUGAUGACUUUGGCACUUUCCUUGCAGCUCGCCAGUAGACAUGCAGUCCUAUGAGUUGUGCUGCGACAUGAUCGAUGUAGUUAUUGAUAUUUCAUGUAUUUAUGGGUUAAGGGAUGAAGGAGACAGCAGUGCUUAUGACGUAGAAUCCUCAUCCAUCAUCAAGCUGAACAACUCAACUAUUUUGUAUCUCCGCGAAGUCAACAAGUUUCUUGCCCUUGUUUGUAUUUUACGAGAAGACAACUUUGAGAAAAAAGGUUUGAUUGACUACAACUUCCACUGCUUUCGUCAGGCCAUUAGCGAGGUGUUUGAAGUGAAGCGCCAGAUGAGAUCAGUUUCGGAUACUGGAUCCCAAUCCACUUCAGCCGCGUACUCGAACGGCAGCGCAGUGCCGGUGUUAGACCGAGAAAGGGGUGACAACGCUGUGGUGGUGUAACGCAGGCUCAAAUGCCCUUCCUGGUAAGGGAUUGUAUUUGAGCCUCGCUACGCUGGAAAACUAUGCAGUUUCCGAAUUUUGCCAAACACUGCAAUCCUUACAAAAUGAACUUACCAUGCCUUUCGUGAACUAACCAUGAAAUGAAGUUACCAUGCCUUUCCAUAAUACACGUCAUUGGACAACUGCAGUUGAUUGGGUUCUUUACGCCCGUACAUGUAAGCUUCAAGACAAAUUUGGUUGUUAUCCUGUUACAGUUUUUACCUUACAAAUAAGUGGGGAAGAAAUAUGAGACAUUACUGGCGAUUUCGCUAACCUAUCCCCUGUCCUCCACUACCACCCUCCCCCCAAAGUAGUAUGAAGUAGUAAUAUCAAGUUGGACUCUAUGUUGCCCAAUGUUGAUUAUCGCUUACAUUUGUACUCUACCCAAUUCUCUCACCACUUUAAAUUGGGAAACGUUAUUAGCCGCGAUGUUACGUCUACGUUUCUUGGUUUAAUGGUAAUUUUGACGAUUGACUUUUCUUAUUCGCUUCACAAUAUAAUCCAGUCUGUGUUACAUUAUUACAUUGUAAUGCAAACGAGAAAAGUUAACCGUUUCAAAGGGGCUACUGUUUGUUUCUUCAGGGUUGUAGUGUUUUUGCCAAAUCUUGAAAUCAUAGUUUUGUGAGAAAAUUAGCAGUCGAAGACAGAAAAAGCAAAACAGUUUGCUUAGAAGUAUUUUCAAUUUGCCUGAACUCAGUGGAGCAGUCGGGCUUGGUGAAGAACAGUAACUUACAUUCAUUACAUAAGCUGAACAGCUCAUAAGGGAGUGUGGUUGAAGGAUAUUCACUAAUUGUAAAUAUGAAAGA